UCUCGGAAUCGACUUUGUCGUUCGUUCCGUGUUACUCCUGCUGAACGCUACUUCUUAUCGCAGUGCUUCAGGAGCUACCGAUACAGUACGUAAUAUUCUCAGUCUCAGUCGCACAAGUGCCGGGUGGACUUGUUGAAUACGUAUCGCAACCGACGUGGUGCAGCGAUGGAGGCUAAUCAAUUUAAAGAUUUUGGAAAAGCGAUGAUAGACUACGCUGCGAAUUAUCUAGAGAAUAUAAGAGACCGGCGAGUGCUUCCAACCGUCGAACCGGGAUACCUGAGACCUUUAAUUCCUGAAACCGCACCAGAAAAGCCCGAAAAAUGGGAAGAUGUGCUGAAAGACGUGGAAAGAGUCAUUAUGCCCGGUGUGACUCACUGGCACUCGCCCAGAUUUCACGCCUAUUUUCCUACGGGCAAUUCUUAUCCCGCUAUCGUUGCCGACAUUUUAAGUGGGGCUAUUGCGUGUAUCGGUUUCUCCUGGAUUGCGAGUCCAGCAUGUACGGAGCUCGAAGUAGUCAUGCUCGAUUGGCUCGGCAAAAUGUUAGGGUUACCGAAAGAAUUUCUGUCAACUUCGGGAAAAGGCGGUGGAGUGAUUCAGGGAACUGCUAGUGAGGCCACUUUUGUAGCGUUGUUAGGGGCCAAAGCCCGUGCCAUUGGGGCCAUUAAAAGGGAGCAUCCAGAAAUGAAAGAAUCAGACAUCGUUGCGAAAUUGAUCGGCUAUACUUCUAGUCAAAGUCAUUCCUCGGUAGAACGUGCCGGACUUUUAGGUGGGGUGCAGUUACGUCCUCUUCAGCCAGACGAAAACAACAAACUCCGAGGGGAGACAGUCGAGGAAGCGAUUAAAAAAGAUCUGGAGGCUGGUCUUUUCCCAUUUUAUGUAGUCGCUACUUUGGGAACCACGUCUUCCUGCGUAUUCGACAGGAUAGAUGAAAUCGGACCUGUGUGCAACGACAAUAACGUCUGGUUGCAUAUCGACGCGGCCUACGCAGGUUCUGCGUUUAUUUGUCCGGAAUAUAGGUAUCUCAUGAAAGGCAUUGAAAGGGCGGAUUCGUUCAAUUUCAACCCGCACAAGUGGAUGGUCGUGAAUUUCGAUUGUUCAUGCAUGUGGCUGAAAGAUCCGUUCUGGCUUGUUAACGCUUUUAAUGUGGACCCUUUGUAUCUUAAGCACGAACAACAAGGUGCCGCUCCUGACUACCGCCAUUGGCAGAUUCCUUUGGGGAGACGUUUCAGAUCCCUCAAACUGUGGUUCGUGCUUCGUCUGUACGGUGUUGAGAAUCUCCAAGCGCACAUACGGAAACAAAUCGCUCUAGCUCACUAUUUCGAAUCACUUGUGCGGACGGACGACCGUUUCGAAAUCACCCAAGAAGUAAUCAUGGGGCUCGUCUGCUUCAGGCUAAAGGGCUCUAAUGAUAUCAACGAAGCUUUACUGAAGAGAAUCAACGGCAGAGGCGUCAUCCAUUUAGUACCGUCGAAAAUCAGAGAUACGUAUUUUUUGAGAUUGGCAAUAUGUUCGAGAAUGACUGAAGAAGCGGAUAUUGAUAUUUCAUGGAAAGAAGUCAAGGAGGCUGCCACUGAGGUCUUAACCGAACAAAAAUAAUUCGUCAUCAGUAUUAAUGAACCUAUGUAUUACUUAUUUAUUUGGUUAAAUUAUGAAACGCUUCCCAUGGUAUGACAAUCCACGUUGAUCACUCGUGGUAUUUUCUUUGGACCAAUCAUGAACGUGUUAAGUUGUUGAGAAUAUUUUUAGAAGACAAUAUUAAUAUAUUGCUAUUAGGUUAAGGAAUAAAUAAAGAACAAACUGUAAAAGGACCAAAAUAUUAUAUAUAUAAAUUACUGUUGUGCAACGUUGACUCUUA